AUGGACAAUCAGUCAUCCACCGUCACAAUUCACCCACGGACUCCAGGUGCCUCUGCAGGUACCGCAGUGCCCGACGCCCUGCCUCCAGUUUUGCAGACACCAGCUGGCCUUGCCCUCCUGGAGCUCCAGGGCACAAUAAACCUGCCGGAAGCACCAAGAGGUGACGAGGAUGAGGAGGGCCAAGGCGGCCAAGAACACUCUGUGGCUGGACCACACGCACAAACAGUCCCUAUUGGCCGCCUCGACUUUCCCGACUACGACCCGUCGGCAGGGGCUGACAGCACAGGUUGGAUGCGUCGUGUCCACCUCUACGUUGGUCCACAUCAGCGUCUCACGGGCGAGGUCAAGAAGCUCCCACGACCACUGGCUGUUGUAAGGAGGAAACAGCAGCAAAAGGACUCUGCGGACAGGGCCGCGCUGAACGAAACCGAUCUCGAGGUCGUCGAGGUGGUCUACUACAAGCUGCUCUUUUCACAGCGACCCGAACCCAUGACGGCGACGUCGUUUUAG